UUUAGAGGAAGCUCUUGUAGGAAAUGACAGUGAAGGUCCACUUUGUGAAUUAUUGUUUUUUUUCCUGACUGCCAUUUUUCAAGCUAUGGCUGAAGAAGAAGAAGAAAUUGCCAAAGACCAAAUUGCAGAUGCUGAGACCAAAGAUUUAACAGAGGCUUUGGAUGAAGAUGCAGACCCCACAAAAUCUGCACUAUCUGCAGUUGCAACUUUGGCAGCUGCAUGGCCCCAGUUACAUCAGGGUUGCAAUUUGAAAAACCUGGAUCUUGAUAGCUGCACUCUUUCUGAGAUUCUCAGACUUCAUAUCCUAGCAUCAGGUGCAGAUGUAACAUCAGCAAAUGCUAAAUAUCGCUACCAGAAGCGAGGAGGAUUUGAUGCUACGGAUGAUGCUUGUAUGGAGCUAAGAUUGAGUAAUCCUGGAUUGUUGAAAAAACUCUCUUAUACCUCAGUAUAUGAUUUAUCAUCAGCGGAAAAAAUGACGAUUCUUCAUGCUCUUUGUGGGAAACUUCUAACUCUUGUUUCUACUCGAGACUUCAUUGAAGACUCUGUUGAUGUAUUGCGACAAACAAAACAAGAAUUCAGAGAAUUAAAAGCAGAACAGCAUCGCAGAGAAAGAGAAGCUGCAGCAGCAAAAAUCCGCAGAAGAAAAGAAGAAAGAUUGAAAGGACAGGAACAAAAGAUGAAAGAGAAACAUGAGAAAUUGAAAGAAGAACAGAAAAAUCCUGUAAUUGAAGUGUCUGUUAAGUAUGUUCAAUUCUUAUUUAAGGUUCAUUUGUCACUAUGCUACUACUUAGCUGAAUGUUUUGAUGUGCUUCUCUUAAUCUACACCAGUGGUUCCCAAAUUUUUCAUCUUCAUGCCCUUUUUUAAUUUUUUUAG